AUGGGAGACCCAAUCAUAGUACUAGACCAUUAUUAUUUAUCCAUCACAUUCUUAAUCACAUUAACCAUUCAAUCUAUCUCAUUUAUGAUUUCAUAUGUUUUACAAUUCGAUAAGAUUACUGAUUUCUCAGGUGGCAUGAAUUUCUUUAUACUAUCUUUGAUAACUUUUCUGUUUAGUCAAAGUUUUGAUCUUAGUCGGAAUUGGAUCGUUAGUUUUUCUACUAUGCUUUGGUCGAUUAGAUUAGCUGGGUUUUUGUUAUUUAGGGUAUUGAAAAGAGGUCAAGAUAAUCGAUUCGAUGAGAUGAGAAGUCAAUUUUUCAAAUUCGCAGGGUUUUGGACUUUUCAAUUAUGUUGGGUUUGGUUGGUUUCAUGGCCAAUAAUCAUCUUAAAUUCACCUUCGGUUUCUAAAAACCAUCAAGGCAUCAAAUCAUUCGGUACUGCAUCCGAUAUCAUUGGUUUAAUUUUUUGGUCGAUUGGUUUGAUAAUUGAAAGUUUGGCCGAUGUGGAAAAAUUUAAAUGGAAAGAGAAUCAAAAAUCAAAUGGUCAAGACGGAUUUCCGGUUUGUAGGAAUGGGACUUGGAAAUGGAGCAGACAUCCUAACUACUUUGGAGAAAUCUUGUUAUGGUGGGGAAUUUGGUUGAUGACUAUCGAAUCAGCUCAUAACGAAGGGAUAUCAAAAACUGCAUCUAAUUUCAUCUACGCUUCAAUCAUCUCACCUAUCUUUAUCACUCUUUUAUUAAUGUUUGUUUCAGGUUUACCAACAGCAGAAAGACCGGUUCAAGAAAAAGUUUAUAUAAAAUCAUAUCAAAAUCAGAUUAAUUCAACCGAAAAUCAUCCAUCGAAUGUAUCAUUAAAUCAACCUAAAUCAAAUCAUCUUACUUCUACUUCUAAUCAAGAUCAAGAUCAUAGUUGGGAUCAAUUUAAAGAGUAUUUAGAUUCUACUAGUAUCUUAUUUCCGAUUCCUAAUUCGGUUUAUGUUAGGUUACCUAGGUUUGUUAAGGUUUGGGUAUUGUUUGAUUGGCCGAUUUAUAGGUUUAAUGAAGCUCGAGAAGGUCAAGAUUUGAUCAAAUCGUUUCAUGCUUCGCAUUCUUAG